UGCUGCUCAAACUUGAGGGCAUCGGUCACCUGGGGAACUGCGCCCCAGCCCCACAGCUCUUGAUUCAGUGGCUCUGGGAUGGGGCCUGAGAAUGUGCAUUUCAGACAGGUUCCCAGAUGAUGCCGCUGCUGCCGGUCUGCGGACACUGCGAGGAAGCACGGCACUGAGACAGCCCUUGCGAGCGGGUUGGGAGAAUAUUUAAAAGAUGCUUCAAAGAAGAUGAAAAGUGGGCUUAUGUUUGUAAAAUUGGUGAACCCAUGUUCAGAUUUGUCUUAACAGGGGAAGGAACCAUUUACUUGUUCGAUCUGUGUCUCCAGCAGCUGUUUGAAAUAAAAGUUUUCAAGGAGAAACACCAUUCUUGGUUUAUAGACCAAUCAGUCCAAUCAGGUGGUCUGCUCCACUUCGCCACACCCAUGGAUCCUCUAUUUCUGCUUCUCCACUACCUCAGAAAGGCUGAUAAGGAGGGAAAGUUCCAGCCGCUAGAUCAAGUUGUGCUGGAUGACACGUUUCCAAAUUGCAUCUUGUUGCUGAGACUUCCUGAUCUCGAGAAGUUACUUCAACACGUGACAGAGGAGAAAGAAGUAGACAAAAAGAAGUAUUAUAAGUACAGCAAGGAGAAGACAAUAAAGUGGCUUGGAAAAAAGGUUCAGCAGACCGUGUCGGCCUUAAAAACCAACAAUGUGAACGUCAGCGCCCGGGUACAGGCAACUGCAUUUUUCUCUGGUGACCCGUUUUCCAGUGACAAGGAAGAGGAUUAUGUUUGCUAUGCCCAUGGUCUGAUAUCUGAUUACAUCCCUAAAGAAUUAAGUGAUGACUUAGCAAAAUAUUUAAAGCUUCCAGAACCUUCAGUUCCAUUGCCAAGCCCUCCAUCAAAGAAAGUAAAGGUAUCUGAUGAGCCCAUAGAAGCAAAAGAAGAUUACACUAAGUUUAACAGGAAGGAUUUGAAGACUGAAAAGAAAAAUAGCAAAAUGACUGCAGCUCAGAAGGCUUUGGCUAAAGUUGACAAGAGUGGAAUGAAAAGUAUUGAUUCCUUUUUUGCUACGAAAAAUAAAAAAAAAAUUGAAAAGAUCUGAAACUUUGACAAUGAAAUCUAGCAAAAUUAUUUGCCUUUUACAUGUUCCUUUUUUGUCCUUCCCCCACACCAAUGUACCUCCUGACUUAAUUACUGCCUUUUGGAGGAAAAAAAAAAAAAAAUCAAGGCAAUUUUCAGAGUCAGACAUUUCCUGGGAUUUGAUUUUUGUCUUUCUGAACAAAAUGUGGGAAAGUCAUUGUGUAACUCUGUGGCCUGUGGCCUUCAGAGUUUUGUUUGACAUCAUGAAAAGUAAUCAAGUGAAUAGAGUUAUCCUCUAGCUGGCAUCCUGGUUUUUGCUCAAUAAACUGACAUGUGACAAUA